UAGCCACGCCCUUGACGUUGUGACACGUCCCGACGCUUUUCCACGUCGCGCCCAACGGUUGAGGCAGGGGUGGCUGCGCGCGCUUGUGUAAAGGCCGGGAAAAAAUGGCGGCGCCCGUCUUGCGAGUGUCCACCCCUCGCUGGGAACGGAUAGUGCGGCUGCUCGUGUGUCUCUCAGGAAUCCUGUUAUCCCUGUACGCUUUCCAUGUGGAGAGGGAAAAGACCCGCGACGCCAACUACCGCGCCAUGUGCGAUCUGAGCAGCUCCAUCAGCUGCUCCAAAGUCUUCACGUCCAGAUGGGGUCGAGGAUUUGGACUCUUAGGAACCAUUUUUGGGAAUGACAGUGCAGUAAACCAGCCAAACAGUGUCUAUGGAAUCUUGUUUUAUAUCUUUCAGCUGUUACUAGGUUUGACGGCCAGUGCGAUGGCGGCUCUGAUUCUCAUGACCACCUCCAUCGCGUCAGUGAUGGGCUCCCUCUAUCUGUGCUACAUCCUCUACUUCGUCCUUAAGGACUUCUGCCUCAUCUGCAUCACCACAUACGCACUGAACUUCAUCCUGUUUGUGCUCAACUACAAGCGACUGGUUUACUUGAACGAGGCCUGGAAGCAGCAGCUCCAAGCCAAGCGGGACUAGACACACAAAAACACAACAACAGCAAAAGUAGAGAAGGAUAACCAAUCAUCCAACACGUGGGGAAAAUGUGACCUCUGAAAAAUUUGUGACUUGCCACCAGGAGACAAAUGUUCAUUCUGUUGUAUGUGUGUGUGUAAAAUUAAACAA